AAAUCCUCUUUGGGAGCACAUUGCCCCCCCGAUCUCUCCGCUCCUUCUCUCGAAACCCUAGACUUCGGUGAACCGCCGCCAGAUCUCGCCGGAGCAACGAUGAGAGAAAUCCUGCACAUCCAGGGAGGGCAGUGCGGCAACCAGAUCGGGGCCAAGUUCUGGGAGGUGAUUUGCGACGAGCACGGCAUCGAUCACACCGGAAAGUAUAACGGCGACUCUGAUCUUCAGCUUGAGCGCAUCAAUGUCUAUUACAACGAGGCCAGCGGAGGCCGCUUCGUUCCCCGCGCCGUCCUCAUGGACCUUGAGCCAGGUACCAUGGACUCCGUUCGAUCUGGUCCUUUUGGCCAGAUCUUUAGGCCUGAUAACUUCGUCUUCGGUCAGUCCGGUGCCGGCAACAACUGGGCGAAGGGGCACUACACGGAGGGUGCUGAGCUUAUUGAUUCUGUGCUUGAUGUUGUUCGCAAGGAGGCCGAGAACUGCGACUGCCUGCAAGGUUUCCAAGUAUGCCAUUCUUUGGGAGGAGGCACAGGAUCUGGCAUGGGUACCCUUCUCAUCUCUAAGAUAAGGGAGGAGUACCCUGACCGGAUGAUGCUCACCUUCUCUGUCUUCCCAUCACCCAAGGUGUCUGACACUGUUGUGGAGCCAUACAAUGCUACACUUUCUGUUCAUCAACUUGUUGAGAAUGCUGAUGAGUGUAUGGUCCUCGAUAAUGAAGCUUUAUAUGAUAUCUGCUUCAGAACUCUCAAGCUUGCUACACCAACCUUUGGUGAUCUGAACCAUCUGAUCUCUGCCACCAUGAGUGGCAUCACAUGUUGCCUCCGGUUCCCUGGUCAGCUCAACUCUGAUCUUCGCAAGCUUGCCGUGAACCUGAUCCCAUUCCCACGUCUCCACUUUUUCAUGGUUGGGUUUGCACCUCUCACCUCAAGGGGCUCCCAGCAGUAUCGGGCCCUGACUGUACCUGAGCUCACCCAACAGAUGUGGGACUCCAAGAACAUGAUGUGUGCUGCUGACCCCCGACAUGGCCGCUACCUCACUGCCUCUGCCAUGUUCCGUGGAAAGAUGAGCACCAAGGAAGUUGAUGAGCAGAUGAUCAAUGUUCAGAACAAGAAUUCUUCUUAUUUUGUGGAAUGGAUCCCCAACAAUGUCAAGUCCAGUGUGUGUGACAUACCGCCAAAGGGCAUCAAGAUGGCAUCCACAUUUAUCGGCAACUCAACCUCCAUUCAGGAGAUGUUCCGCAGGGUUAGUGAGCAGUUCACCGCCAUGUUCAGGAGGAAGGCAUUCUUGCACUGGUACACUGGUGAGGGCAUGGAUGAAAUGGAAUUCACUGAGGCUGAGAGCAACAUGAACGAUCUCGUCGCUGAGUACCAGCAGUACCAGGAUGCAACAGCGGAUGAAGAGUACGAAGAAGAGGAGGAAGAGGAGGAAGUCCAAGCUUGAUAUGUGUUGUCUGGUGUUUUUCAUGUAUUUUGGGUGGGGUUGUGAGAGGAGCUUGAUAUCAUCUUGUUAAUCUUGAGAGAUAGACAUCACCAUAUUUGUACUCAUAAUGUUUGUGUAUGGCUUGGCUUGUAUGACAUUCCCUGGAUGUGCUGUUGUUUCUGCUUUUAGAGUCUGACUUAAUGUGCCACCUGUUUUCUUUAUCCAUCGGCUUCCUGUUUUUGAGUUUGUUGCUUCUAAAAGCUUUUGUUUGUUGUCUUUGCUAUCCAUGUAUAGUCUAGUUUUUGAACGAAGUCUAAUUAUA